GGUAAAAGUAACAUUAUCAUUUUGUUGCAAUAUUUGUAGAGGUCCACUGUCUUCUACUGUUUUUCUGGAGCGACUCAACUACGCGCCAUUUCGUCCCUCUAUGCGGAUUCCCCGUUUCUACAUCACUUCAAGGUUGCCCUACAUUUGUAGAGAUUCUUAGAACAGUGGACAUGAAAGGGAAAGAAAAAUCAACCCAGAAAGAAGGAGACAAGUAUGAGUCUUCAAUCACAGAUCUUCCGAGCCCUAUCAUCAUUGAUAUUCUACUAAAGCUCCCUGUAAAGGGUAUUCUAGUUUGCAAGUGUGUCUGCAAAACUUGAUUCAGUAUAGUUUCUAAACCUCAAUUUGCCAAGCUGCAGUUUGCACAGGCAGAGCCCUGUGCUCUUCUUCGGACCUUGGAUUCAACACAAGUUCCAGACUCAAGAAUGCUUUACUUGGUUGAGCCUAAAGACUGCCAUAAUUUCGAUCUUGGAUGCUGCAUAUGUGACGACAAGGCCGAUUUCAGAUGUGACCGUCAUAUGAAUCUUGACAACAAAUUGAAGAUCCCAUUGCGCAAUGCCGAAAUGGUGCUCAGUAGUGAAGGGGGUGAUGCACAAAUGGGUUGCCUCCCUAAUGGCCCAAAUUUCAAAAUUGUGAAUUCUUGCCAUGGUAUGCUCUGUUUGUCUGAACCGGUGUCUAAUGAACCCGUGGCUGUGUGUAAUCCAGUUACGGGUGAGUAUAUAAGCCUUCCUAUGACUAAAAGGGCUGAGGAGAAAACCCAAUAUUUUGUUGAGUGUGGGUUUGGCUUUAGUCGUCGGACUGAUCAGUACAAGGUGGUUAGAAUGUUUGAAUGGUGGAGUGGUGAUCCCGUUAUGGGUAUGGCAUAUAUGAACACACCUGCUUGGGGUCCGAUAAAUUAUAGUAAUGGAGUUGAGAUAUACAGUCUCGGCAACUCAGGAUCAUGGAAAAGCAUUGAGGAUGCUCCCUUCUUAUAUUCUACCCUAGUGUUUUCCACUUAUCUGGAGGGAUGUGUCCAUUGGCUGAUCAGUCUUGAAUUUAGUUCUACUGAUUAUAUGUUCGCUUUUAGCAAAUCUAGUUAAACUAGUACAGUUUCUUUUAGCUUUGAUAAUGAGCAUUUGCAAUUGUUUCCAUCGCCUCCUAAUGAAUAUGAUAAUCCGGUUGAAGAUGAUGGCAUCGGCAUGGUUGGAUUGAAUACGAAGCAUAAUGUGUCCAUGGGAGUGUUGGAAGACUGUGCAUAUGUGAUGCCAAUUACGAUCACAUUGACAUAUGGGUCAUGAAGGAAUAUGGUGUCCGGGAAUCUUGGACAAGGUUGUUCUCUUUUGAUAAUCAACCUGAUCAG